AUGGGCGGUCCCACUUCAAAGGUUGGCGAUAUCUACAACCGACCAACCUCAUGGGUUCAAUCAAUCCUCCAACAAGAAGAUGAUCAUCCCAAGGACGAGGAAGCGGCCUAUCAUCACAGAGUGACCUCAUAUUUCGAGCCAAUCUCACUGGAGGAGACGCUGCAACUACCGCCCAUCAACGACCUUCAACGGAGAGAAGAGUUUCGAGGCCCUCAUGUAACACCACCGCCACUCUAUCACACUGACGUGGAUCUCGUUUCUACAGAAAUUAUUGGCUAUGGUGCCAAUUGGUCCACCACCUCAGCCCAACGGAAUACAUUCAACUGGGAGGCGAUUCAUUAA